AAACAGACGGGGAAUGAAGGGAAGGACCUUCUGUCACUAGUUUGCCUGUGCUCACUGUCUGUCCAUGCGUCUUCUUUCAUUUUUAGCUUUCGAACCCCAACCCAGUAAGCAAAACUGCGCUUCCAGCAUUGGAUCUUGGAAUGCAUUGAAUGGUCUUCCUCUUAUAUAUUCCAUCUGUAGGUGAUUGCAAUUUCUAUCGCUCCGGGCUGGCAUGCUUGGUACACGGCUGGGAUACUUGAGCUGAAGUCUGCUCUUUGUCGCGGCAAUCUCCGCUGACCGCUCCAGUUGUAUUCCCCACGAGGGAACUUUCGGAAGCAAGAUGAUUGAUCAAUUCAUCAAUUUUGUCAUUCGCCCUCCCAGGGCAGAGUACAACCCAGAUCAGUAUCUUUGGGAGAGGAACUUCACUCUUGCGGGAAGAACAUACAAACGAGAAGACUUGAAGCUUAGGAAUGCAAGGGGCCAUACAUUGCUGUGUAGUCAUUAUCUACCUUCACCAUUCCCUGAAGAUACUCCUCUUCCUUGUGUUAUAUACUCCCAUGGAAACAGUGGAUGUAGGGCAGAUGCAAAUGAGGCCGCGGCAAUUCUUCUUCCGUCCUGUAUAACUGUUUUUACUCUUGAUUUCUCGGGUUCAGGGUUGUCUGAUGGUGACUAUGUCAGCCUUGGUUGGCAUGAGAGAGAUGACCUGAAGGUUGUGGUUUCGCAUUUAAGAAGCAACAAACAAAUAUCACGGAUUGGUCUUUGGGGACGAUCUAUGGGGGCAGUCACUAGCCUUCUUUAUGGAGCAGAAGACCCCUCUAUAGCUGGAAUAGUGUUGGAUAGUGUCUUUUCAAACUUAUAUGAUCUAAUGAUUGAACUUGUGGAUGUGUACAAAAUACGGCUUCCUAAAUUCACUGUUAAGAUAGCAGUGCAGUAUAUGCGUCGAGUAAUCAAAAGGAAGGCAAAGUUUGAUAUUAUGGAUCUUAAUUGCUUACAGGUUGCACCCAAAACAUAUAUUCCUGCUUUAUUUGGACAUGCUAGUGAUGACAUAUUCAUUCAACCCCAUCAUUCUGACCUCGUCUUUAAGUCCUAUGUGGGGGAUAAAAAUAUUAUAAAAUUUGAGGGUGAUCACAACUCCUCACGACCACAGUUCUAUUAUGAAUCUGUUUCCAUUUUCUUCUGCAAUGUCCUUCACCCUCCUCGAAUUUCUACGGCUCAUUUGAGUAAGCUAGAGAAAUAUUAUGAUUUGGGGGAUUUGAAGGUUGGUGCUGGUUUAAACGAGAGCCUAUUAUAUGAGAUAAUCACUGGACUUCAUUCUGUGGGUAAUAAUGCUGGGGGUUCAUCUUCUGCUCCUCAUACCAUUUCAGCCUCAAAGUUUGUGGGUGAACUUCUUUCUGAAUUUGCACCGGUGACUACAGUUGAUUCCAUGGUCAACGAAAAUAAUUCCCUUUGCAGUCUUGAGAGGUCACAUUUACAGGAUAAGACUAAUGGCCGGAAUGAAGAAUGUUGCUCAUAUACAAGCUCAAAUAGAGAAAGUUGGGGAAGAUGCUCAUCUUUAGGAGGCACUGAUGAAGAAUCUUCUGCAGUCUGCACAGCUGCUGAUAAUGGCCAUCAGACAACUCUUGAGGUGUUAGCAACACCUCUUCAGAGCAUGGAACAAAAAUCGUCAGACUUGACAAAAGAGGAAAAGAAGAAGAAUACUAUAAUUGUUCCGAAGAAGGCUAUAAGCGAGAAAUUUGGAAAGUUAGGGGCCCUAAGCAAAAGACUCUGUCUUUGCUUUCACCAUCGAAGACAUCGUUCUUAUGACUGCUGUGCUUGAGGCACGAGUGUUGUAUGAUUUCUUAGUGCCAUUUCAUAAAAUGGUGUUUGUAACUAAUAUAGGCAGUAUCCUUUUCGUUUCUCAUUAACUGGCCUUGAAGCACGAGUGUUGUAUGAUUUCUUAGUGUCAUUUCAUCAAACAUGGGGUUUUAUCAAGAUAUA